AUGACUAUCCGUGUUAUCAACGCUUUUGUCGAAUUUUGCAAGUGGGCUACUGCAAAGCGGCCAGACGGCUCCGACCGCCGGUACAAAUGCCACUGGUCCAUGGACUACAGCAAGGAUAAAUGCCACUGCUUCGACCCUGUUGAGAAGGCCCCGAAGAAGGUCGCUGAGGAUGCUGUUAAGAAUGCAGAGAAGUAG